AUGCCUAGGCUAAAGUCGAUUCUUAUCCUGGCUAUCGUCACGAUCGUAGCUGUGACCGCGGGCCUCUCGCUGUCACAGGACGCAACUGCCCAAGGCUCACCGGGCACUGCGACGAUCUCGGACGAUCAGGCGUUGAGCGACUCGAUAACUUACACGAUGAAUGUUCCCCCGCCCUCCGAGGGCACUGAGUACGUUGGCUGGCUGCUAUCGGACGACGGCUCGGUCAAGCUGAGCACGGGUCCGAUGGAGCGCCUCAACGACGGCUCCAUCAUGCAUACCUUCGACAGGGACAACUCCCGGUACACCGGCGAGAACCUGAUCCAGGGCUACGACAAGGUGGCCGUUACGGAAGAGGCCGCCGGCACCGACCCGUCCGAGCCGGGCGGCCCAGUCGUCUUCUCCAGCCAGAUUCCCAUGGGCGCGGCAGAGCACAUCAGGGCAAUCGUCGGCGAUGGGAGCCCCGCGGACGGGAUCAGGACGCAGCUUGCCGAGGCCCUGCAGAUGGCCAGGACGGCCCAGAGCGUAUCGUCCCUCGCGGAUGCCAAGAACUACCUCGAGGGCGUCGUCAACAUGAUUGAGGGCUCCUCGGCCGACAUCGAUGGAAACGGUUCGGUGAACAACCCCGCGAUGCGUACGGAGAUCUUGCACAAUGCUGAGCCGGUCAUCGAUUCUGCGAUAGCAGCCGGCGCAGCCGGAGCGGGCGGCGCCGGAAGGGUCGAGGCAGGCGCGCGGCACGCUCACGAGUCGGCUGGGAUGGCGCGCGACGAGGCCGUGAUCGCCAUCAAUGCAGCCACGCAGGUGCUCGCCAGGCUGGCAGCCGGCGGCGCCGCAGGCUUCCUGGACGGCGCACUGACCGGUACGCCUGAAUCGGGAGGCGCGUCCAAGGCUUAUGUCGCUGCCUCAGAUGAUGGCGACGUACAAUCUGCAGGUCGGCGGUUUCCCCACUCCUACGCCGGAGCCCACGGCUACGCCAGAGCCUACGGCCACGCCUACACCAGUACCGCCACCGACGGCCACACCGGUGCCGACCCCGCCCCCGCCACCGCCACCGCCCACGCCCACGCCAGUACCGCCUACCGUUGGCGACAGCUCGGUACCGGCCGUCAUGCAACUGGUGCUGGUCUUCUCGGUGCUGCUCCUGGCAGCGGGCGCAAUGUUCGCACUCAGGGGACGGCGAGACUCAGCGUAACUCGCUCUAGAUAG